ACUGUGGUUCCUCGUUGUGUGAAAAUGUCUAAAGUCCAAAUGCUGAGAGCGUUGGUGAAGCAGCGACUAACUGCGGCUGCUGAAGAGAUAUUUGGGCUGUUUGAAAGAACCAUAGCAGAGUACGAGGAGGAACUUUGUCGUUCCAAAGAGGAGAACCACCGACAGCGACACCUGCUGGACGCCGUCUUUAACCCCGAAGAUAUGCAGCAGCUGUUUAUGGGAAAAGAGGGCCUUCAGCCUGAUCAAAGAGACCAGAGUCCCAGUCUGGAUCAUCAGGAACCAGAUUCACCACACAUUAAAGAGGAACACCGGGAACUCUGGACCAAUCAAGAGAGAGAGCUGGAAGAUGAUGAUGUCAUCAACUUUCCACAGACAUGUGUCCCUAUGAAGAGUGAAGAUGAAGUGAAAUCUCAGACCUCACAGCUUCAUCAAAGCCAAACUGAGGAGAGCAAAGGGGCGGAGCCUCGAACCACUGAAUACAUGAAGACAGAAGCUGAUGGAGAGGACUGUGGAAGACCAGAACCAGACACAGAGGUCUCAGACCAGUCUCAACGUGACACCAGGGAACCUCAGACAGCUUUAAUUUCUGUAAGAAAUAGUCGAGCUGCUGUACAUAACAAGCGUCCUGAUGUGAAACCACUUCAAUGCUCUGAGUGCAGUGGAACUUUUCAAUACAAGAGCGUUCUGAAGGAACACAUGAGAACACAUACUGGAGAGAAACCAUAUCGGUGCUGUGAGUGCGGCAAAAGAUUUGGCAAUAAAGGCAAUCUGAAUAAACACAAAGUGAUUCAUACAGGAGAAAAACUAUACAGUUGCUCUGAGUGUGGUCAUCGAUUCAGCAUCAAAGGCAACUUGAUGAAACACCUGAGGCUUCAUACAGGAGACAAACCUUUUAGCUGCUUGCUUUGUACUAAAAGCUUCUCUCGGUCAUCAACACUGACAAACCACAUGAGAUGUCAUACGGGAGAAAAACCUUACAGCUGUCCAGUUUGUAAGAAACAUUUUCGGGAGAGUGGGCACCUUGUGAAACACAAAAAACUUCACACAGAUGUGCAGCAGAUGGCUGUGAUUAAAGAAGAGGUUCCUUUGGAGCAGCAGGACUGCAGUUUCAGUGUGGAACAGAAGGACUCUGAGCCCUCAAACAUUAAAGAGGAGCAAGAGGACCUCUGGAGCGAUCAGGACCAAGAUGGUCUGGAGGAGGAUGAUAUCAUCAAAUUCACAGUGACUCACAUCCCUGUGAAGAGAGACAAUGAUGAAGAUAAACCACUUCACCAAAACCAGUCUGAGGAGAACAGAGAGGCAGAGCCUCAAGCCAGCAGCUCAGCAGAACACAUGAAAACAGAAUCUGAUGGAGGACCAGAAUCAGACACCAACCCAGAACCAAGUUCUCAUGACAAGGGAUCAGACUGUAUGGAGGUUGAUACUGACAACAGUGAUGAUUGGAAGGAGACCAGAAAAACCCAUUUAGGGUUCAAACCUCAGUUUGAGUUAAAUUCUAAGAAAAAUGAUGUUGAUGAAAUCGGUGAGAAUUGUUAUACUGGAAAGAAACAAUUUAGAUGCUCCGACUGCAGCAAAACAUUUAGAUUUAAGCAAAAUCUGACAAUACACCUCAGAAGUCACACAGGAGAGAAACCGUUUAGCUGUUCUGAGUGUGAUAAAAGGUUUUCUGUAAAGGCCAAUCUAAUGAGACACAUGAGAACUCAUACAGGAGAGAAACCGUUUUGCUGUCCUGAAUGUCACAAAACAUUCAGAUUCAAGCACAACUUGAAUGACCACAUGAGACUUCACAGUGACCAAAACCCGUUUGGGUGCCCGGAGUGCGAUAAAAGAUUUGGCAACAAGAGUGACCUGAAUAAUCACAUCAGAACACAUACAGGAGAGAAACCAUUUCGUUGCUCAGUUUGUGGUGAAUGCUUCACUCAGUUGUCGUCAUUAACGUACCACAUGAGGCGCCACACAGGAGAAAAACCUUUCAGCUGCUCAGUUUGCCAGAAACGUUUUAGGCAGAGAGCAGAUGUUGGGAGACACAUGACAGUCCACACAGGAGCGAGACCUCAUGUUUGCCCUUUUUGUACUAAAGGCUUUGCACGUAAAAAUGAUCUGAAAGACCACAUGAAAUUCCACACAGGAGAAAGGGAUUAAUACACAUAUGCAAACACGGGUAGUUAUGUAAGCGAUAGAGAUCCAUCUGUCAUACUUAUAAAAGGAGCCACUUUGUUGCUGUGGUCAGCAACACUUGUAAAAGUUUCUCAGUCAAAUGUAAUUACAAAAAAAGCAUUUUCUGCCGUCUUGUUGCUGACACAUAUGUAAAUAGGCUGGAUUUUUGUUGUUAUUCUUGAGAGAACUAGUUAAACCCACAGAAGGAAAAAGCAGAGUUUGGUUCUAUUUUAUGACAUGUUUUUGAGGUCUAAGAAGUUAUAAGAUUAGCACGUUUAAAAAAAACAAAAAACUUUGUAGCUCUGGGAUGGAUUAGUUUUUGUUUUGUCAAUUUGUUCAUGUAAAUGGGGAAUCUUCUUCACAGACUAAAGUUAAUUAUGGAGUUCCACAA